CGUUCAGCGUGCUUCUUGCCGUCUGCUGCUCUACCGUGCGAUUUUCAAGUCUGUUGAACUCUCAAUAAUAGCAUGACUCCCGGACCGAAACAGAGGGAACGUCGCCGAGAUGUAAAACAAAAGAAACACGCGCAGGCAGCCGUCGAUGUUGAGGCACCACCUGCACCGGCGUCAACGGAAAAAAAGAAUAGCGUUGGCAGCUCCGCCGUUGACACAUCUCGGACGUCCGAGCAAACUCUCGCAACUUCAGUUGCAGCUCCGAUUGAACCCCCGUGUGACCCCCAGUUCAGGAAGAGAGGCAUCACUAGCAACUGGGGUCGCUACGAAGAGCCCCUGGAGACUGAAACAGACUACAACCGAAAAAAGGGGGAGGACUUCGAGCUGCUUUUGAGCACAUCCGUGGGUUCGAGUGCCCACUUCCGAUUCAAGGAGCAGCAGGACUGGCAAGACGACCUUCACAUCGACGAAUUUCUCUCGGUGGACUGCGAUGCACUUGCAGAUGCCCUGCAGACAAUCCCCCUCCACAAGAGGCUUGAGCUGCCAGAAGAAAUAUUUCCCCCAGAAAUUCUCAAACAGUACAACGAGGAUGCCGCAUCGCAUCGGCAGAAAUAUGGCGGUGGCAAAAUCUGCAGCUGGAAAAAUGCAAGCAGUGUCAGCGACUCCCUGACGAGCACAUUGCUGACGGCAGCCGGUGCAACUUCGAGGUCAACCAAGGUUAAGGGUCAAGGUCAGGAUGACCUUUCAAGGUCGCUCGGGGCAUGCCUGUCCCUGAGCUCUGGCCAGCAGACGCAAGGGCGGGGCAAGUCGCCCAAGGAAGAGGAAGAUGACCUUGACUUCCUCCUUUCCCUCUCAAGUACUGCUAAGCCGGAUCAAGAAAUUGAAAAACAAGAUGGACCCAAAGAACCAACAGAGUCAAGCGACCUGCCCAUGAGGCCUGUUGACCAGAAGAGUACCAUGGAACCUGUAGCCCAGGCUGUUCAGAAGCCUACGAUUGACCUGGAAGAUUGGCUAGAUAGCGUGCUACAAGAUUGAAGUUAUAGUGGGCCAGCUGCCAAGCUGUUUUUCACCUGUCGGUCCAGCUGCGUCGUGGCGUCUUAUGAAGUCGCCACGCAUCCCCGUCGUGUGCUAACAGUCCAGCCAUGCUGCCUGGAACCUGUCCUAAAAAGCGGCCCCUCGAUUUCCGCCGGAUGAUGUCAUGCAAGCGUCACUGUCGCCGGCCGCGAUCCUAGCGGUGUCGCAGCAGCGGUGGAGUAUGUGGCAGACGCCUGGUCUACUGCAGGUUGCUCUCCAGUUUCACAGUCCACGGAAGCUUCCCCAGCCGGGACUUGGAACUCCGCGACUGCAGCGAUACUCGCGUUCUCAUACUUUUCGCCGGGACCUCUAGCACCAAUCGCCAGGAUCGCGACGUCCGACGUCGGCUUCUGUGACGUCAUUUGUUGCCACCUGGCCGU